UAACUUCAUCCAACUAAUGACAGUGCGGCUUUUGCAUUGUUGGUUUGGGGUUUUGUGUGUCAUUUUACUAGAGAACUUCAUACUUUCCCAUUUUUGUGCAUCAAAACGUAAAUAAAAAUGCCUGCCGAGAAUCUCGAAGAGCAGGGAUUAGAGAAGAAUCCCAACUUGGAACUGGCCCAGUGUAAGUUUCUGCUUUCCCUGCCGGAACACAAAGAUGAGCCUGCAUUGAAGGUGAAACUUUUCGAGGCGAUUCGAGCGGAUAACAUGGCCCCGUGGUACGAAAUAGUCUGCAAAGAUCUCGGCUGGACUGAAGACAAAGCGGAACUGACUCGAAUGCAAGAAGAGAACAAGAAAAAACUGGAAGAAUUGGACGCCGCGAUUGAGGAUGCCGAGAAAAAUCUGGGCGAGAUGGAGGUGCGCGAGGCGAAUCUCCGCAAGUCGGAAUAUUUGUGUCGAAUUGGCGACAAAGACGCGGCGAUCUUGGCCUUCAGAAAGACCUAUGAGAAGACAGUGUCGCUGGGACACAGACUUGACAUAGUAUUCCACUUGAUUCGAAUUGGACUCUUCUACUUGGACCACGACCUGAUCACGAGGAACAUCGACAAGGCGAAGUACCUGAUCGAGGAAGGUGGCGACUGGGACAGGAGAAAUCGUUUGAAGGUUUACCAAGGCGUGUACUGUGUCGCAAUCCGCGACUUCAAGAACGCCGCCAACUUCUUCCUCGACACCGUCAGCACAUUCACUUCCUACGAGCUCAUGGACUACCAAACUUUCGUCCGUUAUACCGUCUACGUCGCGAUGAUCAGCCUUCCAAGGAACGAACUUCGGGACAAAGUAGUGAAGGGCGCCGAAAUCCAGGAAGUGCUCCACUCUCUGCCCGACGUUAAAAACUACCUUUUCUCGCUAUACACGUGCCAGUACGCCGAUUUCUUCAGACACUUGGCCGAAGUGGAAACAAAUCUGCGCAACGACUACUUAGCUCACCCGCACUACCGCUUCUACGUGCGCGAGAUGCGCAUCCUCGCCUACACACAGCUUCUCGAGUCGUACCGUUCGCUCACGCUGCAAUACAUGGCCGACGCUUUCGGGGUGGACGUGGCCUACAUCGAUGGCGAGCUCUCCAGAUUCAUCGCGGCUGGACGCCUGCAUUGCAAGGUAGAUCGCGUAGGCGGCAUCGUCGAAACCAACCGGCCGGACAGCAAGAACUGGCAAUACCAAGCAACCAUCAAACAGGGCGAUCUCCUACUGAAUCGCAUCCAGAAGUUAAGUCGCGUCAUCAAUAUUUAAAGCUAAAUCUACUGUAACAUUUAUUCGAGAUUAAAAGUUCGUUUUUCGAUUA